GGUAACGUUGGGGAGGGAGUGUCCCGUCCGCACGCACAGACAGCAGGGAGCAGCUGCAGCAAGAGGACCUCUGGUAACAUUCCACUGUAUUGCUAAAAGUGACAUACUUUCGUUUAAAACUUUAACAAUUCUAGAAUAGCAUUGUAUCAACGACAGCUAAAAUGGUAGAUCGCGAGCAACUGGUGCAGAAAGCCAGGCUGGCCGAACAGGCUGAGAGAUAUGAUGAUAUGGCAACAGCCAUGAAGUCGGUGACAGAGUUAAACGAGGCCUUGUCCAAUGAGGAGAGGAACCUGCUCUCUGUGGCCUAUAAGAACGUGGUGGGGGCACGGCGCUCUUCCUGGCGCGUCAUCUCCAGCAUCGAGCAGAAGACCUCGGUGGACGGCUACGAGAAGAAGGUUGAGAUGGUGCGCGCGUACCGCGAGAAGAUCGAGAAGGAGCUGGAGACCGUGUGCCAGGACGUGCUCAACCUCCUGGACAACUUCCUGAUCAAGAACUGCAAUGACACGCAGCACGAGAGCAAAGUGUUUUACCUGAAGAUGAAGGGCGACUACUACCGCUACCUGGCCGAGGUGGCCACGGGCGAGAAGAGGGCCGGUGUGGUGGAGUCCUCUGAGAAGUCCUACAGCGAGGCCCAUGAGAUUAGCAAGGAGCACAUGCAGCCCACCCACCCUAUCCGCCUGGGUCUGGCUCUCAACUACUCCGUGUUUUACUACGAGAUCCAGAAUGCACCUGAGCAGGCCUGCCACCUGGCCAAGACCGCCUUCGAUGACGCCAUCGCUGAGCUAGACACCCUGAAUGAGGACUCCUACAAAGACUCUACCCUCAUCAUGCAGCUGCUACGAGACAACUUGACACUGUGGACGAGCGACCAGCAAGACGACGAGGGUGGCGAGACCAAUAACUAGAGAGCCCCUAAAAAGACCCCUGUGUCCUGUAUCAGCCAAUACACACAACACGCUCACGCACUCAAAUGACAACAAACAAAAAUAAAACAGUUCUUAGAAAUGUUAAAAUGUUGGCUGGUGGAACUUUGGUAGCCACAGAUGAUGAUACGAUCAGUUCUUUAUUUUUCCCAACGAAUGUAAAAAGUGAAGAAACUAUUUAAUUAAAAAGAGUAGGAGGGGAGAUGAGUUUAGUUUCUAGUAUAGUUAAAAAAAUAGAUAUAAUAAUAGAUAAACCCCUUCCUUCUUGAUUGCCUCUGCAACUUUUGUCAAAACACCACUUGAGAAUGAAGAAGGUCUGCGGUCAGUGAGUCAGUCAGUCAGUCAGUGAGUCAGUCAGUCAGUCAGUCAGUCAGUCAGUCAGUCAGUCAGUCAGUCAGCCAGUGAGUAGAUUGUGGCUGUUGCGUUAGAGACGACACCCUCACACUGGCAUGGAGACUGGCAUGUUGUUAUGUCGUUAGCUACAUGAAGUGGAGCUGCUUAUUUAACUUAUGUGGUAAGGGAGGAGGAACAUUCAAAAUUGUAAGGGGAGAUCGAAGCUUGUGCAAAAAUAAAAUUAAUAUAUAGAAUAUUUUUAAAAAAUACUAAAAACUUCAUCACCUCGUAAAAAAAUAAAGAAUUGCAAAUAGUUUCCGGAGAGAGUGAAAGAGGUAUCGUACCUCUAGCUAGACACCUCAGACUUACCAACAUGGAAUCUAAAAAGUAUGCCUCACCCUGUAAUCGUAAUUGUUGAGUGAAGCCAGGUAUUCUCUGUGGUUAUUGAACACACAUAACCCAAUGUUUUGUUCCCACGAUGUCAGCGAUUGGUUUGGACCCAGUCAUCCAGACUAGAGUACUGUAACGAAAGCAGGAGCAGAGGAAACACAGAGACAGUACAGCCCUCUCAUGCACUGAUAUGCUAUACAGACAUAAACAUUUUCAAGCACAUAGUUAUUAUUAUAAUUACUAUUAUAAUUACUCACCCCUUACCGAGGCUGUCAAGGGUGCCAUAUUAUUAGAAUAUCAAAAUAUGCUAAUACAAUGAAAAUGAAAAUGCUAAAACUACCAAAAUAAAUGAUAUUGUAGAGGAGAUCAUUUGAUAUUGUAAGGCAACAGAAUUUGCCCUAAAUUAAGGUACAUUUAUGUUUACAACAAUUACUUAUUGUAGAUCUCUGAAAUGACACACAGUUGACUGGAACCACACGCUCAACGAUACACCUUUUUUGGACAGAGCACUGGCCAAUAUAUAAAAACAUUUUGUUUUUGUGUUAACCUUUUUAAUUGUCAAAAAAUGCACUUGCCUAUCAUAUUGUUCCUCGAGUGUAAAACGAUAACCACUCCAAUAUUCUCCAUAAUAUAAUAUUGUGCAUGCUGGUGAUGUAUUUACCUACAGUAACUUGCCUGCAUUGUUAUUAACCUAUACUGUAGACAUGAAGUAUUCAUAUGAACAUGAAAUGACUAGAUUUCAAUCUGAUUUAUUUUCUAUUUAUACUUUAUAUUGGAUUGUUGAACAUUUAUUUUUAAUCUUUGUUUUCUUUACUCCAUUCGCUGGAAGUACACUAUACCAAAAACAGUGAUUGUUAACAUUAAAUUAAUCUGUAAUGGA